ACGUCGAAUGGCGACGGUACGGGCUGCCUAACCAGUGCUAGCACGACGGACUGGGACGGUGGUUAACAGCUCGCUCUCGCACCUCAGACCGUCUUGGAAAGCUGAACGGAACGCGCGGAGGCGGAGUGGCUGAACAGCGGGGCCGGGGAUGAGCUCGUGACGUGUCCCGAGUCCCGAGGCCCGAGAUCGAUCGCGGAGUUGUCGGCGCAGCGGCUCGGCUCGGCUCCACGACCACACGGCGGGCACGGCCUCUCACAACGGUGCAUGCGAGAGAGGCGUUCGCGAUACGUUAAUUAUGUGAGCGGGGAACUGCCGUCGAGAGGUGAGGUGGGACGUAUCCAUCGCGUCCGCGUCCGCGUCAUGUUCCAUCACGAGUACGAGAAACGGCUGCUGAAGCCGGUGAGCGGCGAUGCCUCGACGGCGACGGGCACGGCGACGUUGCCCGGCGCCGUCGCCACCUACUCGCCCAUCUACUUCUCCCCCACGAAGACGUCGGCGUGCAACAACAGCUACGAUCGCUUUAUACCCACUCGUUCGGGCAACAACUGGCAGACCACCUUCUCCAUGAUUAGCGAAAAUGGCCGGGGCGGCCUGGUGGCGAAGAAGACGCGAGAGAACGGCGAGGGCAGCCGCGACGGCAUCGCCUAUUCCUGCCUGCUGAAGAACGAGCUGCUCGGAGCUAGCAUAGAGGACGUGAAGGGGCAGUGCGAGGAGCGUAGGGUGCUCUCGCCGUUGGUCACCAAGAAUCUCUUCAAGUAUACCACGCCCACCAAGGACCGGACGUUGCUGGAUCAGAGCUCGCCGUACUCCCUGUCGCCACUCAGUGCCAAGAGCCAAAAGUUGUUGAGAUCUCCCAGAAAGGCAACCAGGAAGAUCUCGAGAAUACCCUUCAAAGUGUUGGACGCUCCAGAGCUGCAGGACGACUUCUAUCUGAACCUGGUCGACUGGUCCUCCCAAAACGUCCUCAGUGUUGGCCUGGGAAGCUGCGUCUAUCUGUGGUCGGCGUGCACCAGCCAAGUGACGAGACUCUGCGAUCUGUCCAGCGAUGGCAACAGCGUGACCUCCGUCGCCUGGAACGAGCGAGGCAAUCUGGUGGCAGUGGGCACCCAUAUGGGCUACAUACAGGUGUGGGACGUGGCGGUGAACAAGCAGGUGAGCAAGCUGCAGGGACACAGCGCCCGGGUGGGAGCCUUGGCAUGGAACGGGGAGGUUCUCUCAUCCGGCAGCAGGGACCGGUUGAUCCUGCAAAGGGACGUGAGGACGCCGUGCGUCGUCGGCGAACGGCGACUCGGUGCCCAUCGACAAGAGGUGUGCGGCCUCAAAUGGUCACCGGACAAUCAGUACCUGGCGUCCGGCGGCAAUGACAAUCGGCUCUACGUGUGGAAUUUACACUCCCUCUCGCCCAUCCAGACGUACACCGAGCACUUGGCGGCGGUUAAGGCGAUCGCCUGGUCGCCUCAUCAUCACGGCCUGCUGGCGUCCGGCGGCGGCACCGCUGACCGUUGUAUCCGCUUCUGGAACACGCUGACCGGCCAACCGAUGCAAUGUGUCGACACCGGCUCGCAGGUUUGCAACUUGGCGUGGAGCAAGCACAGCUCCGAGCUAGUCAGCACGCACGGCUAUUCGCAGAACCAGAUCCUCGUGUGGAAGUAUCCAAGCCUCACGCAGGUGGCCAAGCUCACCGGACACUCGUACCGGGUGCUCUACCUGGCAAUGUCGCCCGACGGCGAGGCGAUCGUCACUGGCGCCGGCGACGAGACUCUGCGCUUCUGGAACGUGUUCAGCAAGGCCCGCAGUCAGAAGGAGAAUAAAUCCGUGCUGAAUCUGUUUACGAGUAUCCGAUAAAUAGUGCUCGGACUGCCCUGGCAACUGUCAUUGCGACAAAGCCUUGCGAGAAUUGUCUUUUAUUAUGUAUUUUGUACAUAUGCAUACACACGUAUCUAUCAUCCAUAAAUACAAUAUCGUAGUGUAUUCUAAAAAAAUUAUAUAUAUAUACACUUAUAGAAACAUAUAUAUACAUUAUAUAACUGCGCUAGAGGUACUAGAAGAAACAUUCUUAGAGAGUUGUAUAGAGAUAAGAACUACGCGGUGUUCCCAACGUAUAGAAUAUAAGUCCGUGGGUCUUUCGCACAGUCUGCGAUACGUUGAGUAAUUGUGUGCAAUACUCGUUGCUAUUCUCCGAUAGAGAGUAAUCUUCUUACGAGGAAAAGAAAAGAAAGAUUACGCAUCCUGGAGACUAUCGCUGCGAGACGCUCUAUAUUUUUUAUGCACUUUAUAUACACUUAUUUUUAUAUGUCGCUACACUACAGGAUUAUGCAUACCUGCACGAAGUGUCCUAGAAACUCGACGGCAAAUCUGACGCAGAUUUUUUAUUAUUAUUAAUAAUAAAGUUAUGAAAAGACUAAGUAAGCUUUUACAUUUUGAGAUAAUUAAACUACAAUAUUUCUUUCUCAUUUAAAAUCAUAUUAUAACUCAAACUCAAAUAUUCUUUUAUUUAACGAGACAGUCACAAGCAACGAGAUUUUUUCCAAGAGAAAUCUACUCCAGAUUUGUCAAUAAGAGCUGUAAUUGAAAUUAAGUUGUUCUAGGACACUGUACUAACGCGCUUGCGUUUUUCUAUUCUAUUUUGCAUCGUAAAUGAUCACGAUGUUGGAGCACACAAUAUAUCUUGCUGCAUCUUCGAUCGAGAGUUUACAGCGAUGAUCUAUUAUGCAUUUCAUAAAUUUGUAAUCGCAGUUCUCUCUUCUUUUAAGGAUGUAUUUGACCACUAUAUUUCUCUAACUCUUUGAAAUAAAUUCCCACUUAAAAAUAUCUGUAGACUGAUCAGACUCUGAAAAAGAAAGAAUGAAGUCUGUGAGAAUUCUAGGAAGGCUAUCUCAUUUUUUUUUUUCUACUAUUUGACAUUGUUCUGCUGUCCUCCACGUGCUCUAUUAGUCACUAUAAAAAAGGGAUUUGCUUCCACACAUAUACGGAAGUUUUCCGUCGCAUUCUUGUACGGCUAAUGCUAAUUUAUAGUUUAUGCUCGGCAAAUUGUACAAAUUUAAGUUGAAACGUGACACUUGUCAAAGCGAAUAUACUAAUUUAUAUUAUAACAAAAAGAAUAUAUAUUUAAUAUAUCGCAUUGACUUUGCGUAAUAUUAUUGGAGAAGUAAAAGAGAGAUUGAAAAUUGACGAGAGAAAAUUGUACAAUCGAGAAAAUGUGCGUGUAGGCCGCAAACGUACAUGCAUAUAUAUAUAUGCGUAAUCUAUUUUUCGCGAUACCGUAUAUCGUUCGAGUACGCGGAGUGUGUGUAAUAAAAAAUAGGAAACUGAAAUAAAAAGCUAUUGAAAAACCAAGAUGUAAUUCUCAGCGAGAGGUGAUUAUUUCGUCCACGAAUUGUCCGCCGAAAGCGAAUAAUCGACGAUUUUCAUGUAGCGUAAUUAUACGUUAUUGCUCUAGUAAUACAAUGUAUAAAAUAUUUUUAUACAAUCGCUAUAUCGUUAGACGAAGUGCGUACACGCCUAUAACGCUUUGCUCGAUUCACGCGCGGCGAUUAACCAGGAAGACGCACCGGAAGUAAAAGAAAAAGGGAAUGCAAAUUGCAGCGUUACGGUCCUAUCAUGUGCGCUGCAUUCUACAUGCACCAGGAUGCAUUCGAGCUUCUUAUAUAAUAAGCUAAUUACAAAUAGAGAUGUUUCCUCGCAAUUUCUAUGCAACAUCGUUUGAUAAUUCGUGAUUAAAUUGAAAUGGAGAAACAUUUUGUUUCCCAUAAUGAAAUCCAAAAAGAUACACACGCGUAUGAUUGUAAACGAUAUCAGUUCUAUUAGAUGUAAUUACGCGAAAGAAAAUAGUGUCAAAAUAGACAAAUUGUGUGAGAUAUUGAAACUAAUAAAAUCAUAAGUCAUCAUUUAAAAUAUAUAAAAACUAA